GGCCGCCGACCAGCGACGGGGCACGGCUCCCCGCGGUGCGUCGAGUCCGGCCGGCGGCCGGUGGCAGUCGGGGACACGGGUGGGUGGGAGUGCAGCCCGACUUCGGUGGAGCGGAGUCGCCUGGCGCGGAGCGGCCGGGGACUGUUCGCCGGGGGCGGCUAGGGUCUUCCACGGAGAGCGAGCCGGAGAUGGUGGACCAUCUUGUAAACACUGAGAUCAACAGCCAGCGCAUUGCUGCUGUGGAAAACUGCUUUGGGGCUUCUGGACAACCCUUAGCUGUGCCAGGAAGGGUCCUUCUAGGAGAAGGGAUUUUAACCAAAGAAUGCCGCAAGAAACCAAAGCCUCGCAUAUUCUUCCUUUUCAAUGACAUCCUCGUCUAUGGCAGCAUAGUCAUCAACAAAAGGAAGUACAAUUCCCAGCACAUCAUUCCCCUCGAAGAUGUCACUCUGGAGACGCUGCCAGACACCUUGCAGAUGAAGAACCGCUGGAUGAUUAAAACCUCCAAGAAGUCCUUUGUGGUUUCUGCAGCCUCCCUCACGGAGAGGAAGGAGUGGAUCAGCCACCUGGAGGAGUGCAUCAGGCACCUGCUGACGAAGAUGGGCCGGCAGCCCUCCACAGAGCAUGCAGCUCCUUGGAUCCCAGACAAGGCAACAGACAUCUGCAUGCGCUGCACACAGACCAAGUUCUCCACACUCACACGAAGGCACCACUGCCGCAAGUGUGGCUUUGUUGUCUGUGCAGACUGCUCCAGGCAGAGGUUCCUCAUGCCCCGACUGUCUCCCAAGCCCCUGAGGGUCUGCAACCUGUGCUACAGGCAGCUGCUGGCAGACAAGAAGAAAGAGGCAGAAGCAGAUCGCAGACAGCCAGAGCCAAUCUGCUCUGCUAUCCCAGGCUAUGAACCUUCCAGUGGUGAUGACAGUGACAAGUCUGACGAUGAUAAAACUGAGCAGUGGCCAGCAGACACAGAGUUUUAUACCUCAGAAGUAUCUUGGUCAGCUUUCCAUAGCUGACCUCCUUGGUCGAGUGGCAUUUAGACAUCGGAAAGCCAACUUCUGGCUUCCUGUGCAUGCCCUUACUGAUGUUUUCUCUGAAGACUGUGCCUGUGAAGGUGGAUCUUUGUCUCCUGUGUGUGGUGUCUGCAUGGUAAGCAGAGAUGGGGUUGCCCCUCUGAAAGUGCGUCUCAUACAACAGGAGCAAAAGCUCAGCAAAAAGUGCAGACUGGGGCAGAGACCUGUGGAUCAGCUUUGGCCAAACAAGUCCACCCUUUGGUGCCUUAGUCUUCCUAUCUGCAAAAACAGAGCAAUACUAAUCUCUUUUCUCAGAUUCUUUGAGAUGGCUCUUGGAAGAAAAAGGAGCAGGAAAUCUUGAAGUUAAACAUGCUAGUCUGCCAGCAGUGCAUUCAUCUGUCAUGGCAUGGGGCACUCCAGAUGCUGCAGGAGCAUCGCACCUACAUCAGGAGUGCAAGUGUGCCACCCUGAGGAGAUAGUCAUCCAUCUCUGCAGGAUAAGGUUGUCACAGGCUUCUGUUUCUACACCCAAGUCUCUCAACUUUGGAAACACAGUGCUCUGAAUGCAGGGACCUCAUAUGAUGCACCGAAACAUCCAUCUCUCUUAUGUGGAAAGAGGCCACUUUGGUGGUACUGGGUCAGAAGGGAGAAGGAGAGGGGAGAGGUGCUGGUGAAAUUACACAGAAGAGUGUUAUAGGGAGGGGAGAGACUCACCACAGUUGACUAAACUAAGUGCAGAGCCCCAGAUCUCAAAAACAGGCCAUUCCACCAGAUUAUCAGCAACUUGAUGAACUCAGGCCUAUUGGAUAAAAGGGUAGCUCAGGGGAGACUUGGAAAAGGUCUUGAAAAAUCCAAGAAAAUGCCCCAAAUUUAGAUCCUACUACACAGAGGACUUCACCUUUCACUUCUUUACUGAGCAGGAGCCUGAGGUAUUAAAUGUUCACUUGUGGGAUCGCCUCUUGUCUGUCGCUCUCACGACUGCAAAGUUAAGGUCCUUUAUGUACUUCCAAGAUUGGAGCCCAAGACUUUAAAGUUGAUCUCAAAUUAGCUGUAAAGUGCAAAUUAAGUAAGAAUGUUCAUGAGUGUUUUUUCAAGUAUUCUGUCAUGAUACAGCAGGGGAAUAAAUAUACUGAAAAUCAGACAACAGCAAUUGUUUUGCAGCAGACAUUUCCACAAACUCUGUAAUUACUUUUAGUAUAUUGUGCAUUUUAUGCUGUGGAAAAGAAACAUGGCUGGGAGUACACUGCCGGUGUUAUAAACUGUUUCCUCACCAUGACCUGUUCCAAAAACUACACUGCCUGCCAGAUGGCCAGACUUGUUUUUUUUUAAUUCAGUUCAAAGUAAUCAUUCUUACUGUUUUUUUUUUUGUAAACUGCCGCUAUUCUGAUGAAUUUGUAUUACUUGACUGUGUGUGAAUAAAGAUAUGGCCAGCAGGAAGAAGCCAGGAAAAUCUGACAA